AUGGCAGGAGGAUCCAAGUCAAAUCCACCGAAGCCAAGGAAGAGAGUGGACGCUGCUUCAACCGCUGCCCCUGCCUCCUCUCUCGUCCGCGCCAAAGAUGGCAGUGCUUUUGCCAAAUGUGAAGAGUGUAACAAAACUGUACCAGUGGCUCUUAUUAGUAUGCAUAGCUGUAGCCUUGAUGCCAAGAUCAAAAUGAAUUUGGAGGCUCAAGUCAUUGAGAAGCCUGCUGAAGUUAAGAAGAAACCUGCAGAAAGGAAGAAGCCAGCAUCAACAGAAUCAAAUCCAAAAAAACCGAAGAAGUUGAAGAAGGGCAAGGAUCCCAAUGCCCCCAAACGUCCUCCUACUGCCUUCUUCUUGUUCAUGGAUGACUUCAGAAAAUCUUAUAAGGAAGCUAAUCCAGAUGCAAAGGGCGUUACAGGGGUUGCAAAGGAAGGUGGUGACAAAUGGAAGUCCAUGUCAGAAGAAGAAAAGAAGCCUUAUAUUGAUAAAGCUGCUGAGCUUAAAGCGGAGUAUGAGAAGGCAUUGGAGGAGGUUAACGAUGCUGACAAUGAAAAUGAGGAUGGGGAAGGAGGUCCAGAGAAGGACACGGCUGCUGCUGAAAAGGAAGCAGAAGAAGUAUUAGAUGAUUAUUAAUUGGUGGCAUAAUUUAUUCCCAAAAAUUUCUUGUUCAUAUUUUGGUGGGGGUGUUGUAAAUUUUUGAAUCUUCUUUUUGAGGCGAUGAAUUCUAGUAGGUGUCUGCAUGCGUUGGGAAUCAUCAUGCUUCCUAUCUUUUCUAAUCAUGUUGUAUUGUCUUGUUCCACAUGUGAAGGCUGAGGCAGGUUCUUUAAAGUAAAGUUCAUGACUUAGCAGUAGUAAUGAUAACAAAAAUUGAUCUUUAGAGGUGGUCCUUAAAUUUUCUUGUGCCUACAUUUCUGAAGACAAGUUUUUUCUGAGUACUGAAUUUGUCUCCAUGUAAUGG